GUUGGCCAGUUGCGACAUUUAGCCAGCCAGCCAACUCUGAACGUACAUAGUAUUCCCUAUUGCCUUCUUUUACUUCUGUCGCAUAUAUAUGAACACUCUCUUACCGAUGUAAAUGGUUUCGUUGUGCCUCUACUUCUCGACUAAUAACCGGCUCGUAUCGUUGGGGGGAUUGCUCGUCUUUCCAUAGGACACUUACUAUAAUUGAUCGCUCACAUUCUUUGACGGCAUCCCGCGCGCUAGCCACUCUCCUAUUCCAACACGCUAGUGCCUUACUCGAUGUCCUGCACGAGAUGACAUCCCCCUAUGUUCCGCCUAAAUAUGACAUAGAGGGCCAGCAUGACGGGAGUGAACAUCUUGCUAUUAACAAUACUUUCUUCCGCCGAUUUCUAACACGACUAGCAUUGCACACAACAGCUAGAUUUUACACAGAAGAUGGCCUUUGCGUCCCCAUCUCGAAACACAAAAUUGUUAAAACAGGGCGUCGAAUUCACCUAACGGAAGGUGCGACAAUGAAAUAUCUAGCUAAAAACACCACCAUUCCUGUCCCCAAGGUGUAUUGUUCCUUUUUACAUAAGAAAAGAGCGUAUAUCGUGAUGGAGAGGAUCCAAGGCGACGAGCUACCCCAAGCUUGGAAAUCUAUGUCAAAGGAAUCGCUUGAAGACGUCUUCGCACAAUUAAAAGCCAUGAUUCAGGAAUUGCGCUCCCUGACGCCUCCUCCCGGCACCGGUGUAGAAAGCUGCGUUGGAGGGUCAUUGUAUGACUCUCGCAUAUCUCGUGGAACUCCACGCUUUGGUCCAUUCAAGACAAUUCAGGAGUUCCACUUCUGGCUUAGACGAGACUUAAAGCCCGAGGAUCUCAAGGACCGGGAAAGGGAUCAGGAGUGGGAUGACCUCUUGGAAAUGAUGAGAUUACAAGAUGGACCUUGGCCCGCGCCAGUAUUCACUCAUGGCGAUCUAAAUCCGUUCAAUAUUAUCGUUCGUAAUGGUAAGGUGGCUAGCAUUAUCGAUUGGGAGUUUUCCGGAUGGUAUCCGCAUUAUUGGGAAUACACGGCGGCUUGGUUUGGCAAUGUGACGAGGGAAGAAUGGCAAAGCACGCUUGACAAGUUUCUUGAUCGACCACGACCAGAAGAAUUCAAGAUGGAAACAGUCCGUAACAUGUGGUGGGGCAUAUAAGCUAUUUAACGGCUUGUAACAUUAUGUAAAUAUUGUCAUGUUAUCUUCACACAGCUAGCUAACCUGCAUGUCACAUGCACCUACAGCUGAAUAUACAGUUCGUCUACGGCUAUGGGCG